AUGGCGAACAAGCCGACCGCGACGGUCGACGCAACAAGUGCUAUCUUUGGUGGCAUUGUCGGUGGUGCCGUGGAGCCAACAUCACCGUCGGCUGCGGUGACUCCGGACGAAGCGUGGAACAUCAUGGAGGACUUGGAAUUCCUGAUUGCAACCGACAACGACCUCCACGACGAAUUCUCCCACGUGUGUGAGCUGUUGGACAACAGCUUCCCCAUUGACGACAUUCUUCCCAGCAGCAGCGAACUCAUAACCGAAGCCAUCGUUUCGGACUCGACAUCCAAGGACGCCACCUCGCCGCUGUCCACCGCGACUGCCGGUAGUCCACAAGAGCAGACGCUGCUACUAGUACCGCAGCAUCCACAUCGGAGAAAACGUGUCAACCACCAAAAGGAAGAAAUCCGGUUUCUGCAAAAGCAAGUCGUGGCGUUGCAAGCGAAACUCGUCCACGACAAGAAAUGUGCGGCAAGUGCGUUCAACAUGACGGCAUGGGAGGCGGCGGCGCGGCACGAACGCGUCGAGAAGCGGCGGGCGAUUAUCGAGAACCAACACUUGUACGCGUCGGUAGCGGAAGGCAGCAUGUUCAUCCAGCACAUGCAGUCCAUGAUGCGCAAGAAACCCCGAUGGACCACGUCGCUGGCAGAGGCUGGCGGCGUGGACGACUGGCAACAGUACAAGCUCGCAGCGCAAGCCAACCUUCGCACCGCGGCGAUCCACGCCAUAGCUGACCGGCAGUUCCGCCGACAAACAAACGCAUUCAUAUUGGCCCAGGUCGUCGGCCAGACACACGACCUUUUCCGCGCCACCCCCAAGACACUCGCAAGCGGCCAAGUGGUGCUGGAAGUUGUUAACCACACCACAUUGAAGCUCCCGUAUCGCAUUGCCAUGAAUGCUGUGUGGCGCACGUUUCGCGGCGACCUGGGCCCGAUGCUGCUCGACGAGGCAUGUUCCGAGACGAUGGAAAACAUUGACGAGUGUACACGGUACGAGCGCUUUUCCCAGCGCCGUUCGGGGGCCGAUUCGUCUGUCUUGUUCACCAACACAAUCCUCAAGCUGUACCAAGAGCAUGAUCGCGAUGUGCUCGUGUUUCGAUCUGUGUUGGAAGACGAGCUCGAGCCACACAUGACGCGCCGCAGUGUCGACGACAUGGCGGGAUGGUAGACAUAUGUAGUUAGCACUGAGUUCACGUUCUUCUUUCAAAAGCGAGUGACAACACCUGUAGGCUCGUGACCACGGCUGACUCCAAACUCACGAAUCAGUGUGGCUUGACCAGUGUAAUCCACAUGCCCUUGGCUUCCAAGGUCGAAGUCCACGGGCUGGUGCACGCGUUGCAAACGUUCUCGUUCGGGCCCAUGUCCGACACGACUGUGCCCGUCGUGCGUGACCGAGAAGCGUUCUUCCAACGAGCCAAAAUGUUUGACACUGCCAUGAAAGGGGCCUUGCACGAAGCCACGACAGAGUUUUAUGCUACCUCUGUGCAAAAGUAGCUGCAACACGUUCGCAACAGGUCCUCAUAGAUUUCUCAUCCAAACUAGGAGUUUACCUCUCAUACAGUACGUCGGCAUACUUUUGAACCGGGUUUUUCGAAAGGUAUCCGAAAUGACCUGGAAAUAACUCUAAUUCGGCAUUUAUUGUUGUCCACAGAAUAUCCUUGAAAUACUGCAUGAAUGAU